AUGUUGUUUGGGCAGCUGCUGUUUUGCUGCUUGUCUCCUUUUCUGCCGGCCCUUUAUUUGGGGGUUGGGGGCUGCAUAAUAGCAGCAGCAAGUUGCUGCUUCUUGUCUGCUGCAGUGUCUCCUGCUGCUGCUGCUGCUGCUGCUGCAGCAGCAGCAGCAGGCGGGGGCGCUGCUGGGGGCGCGGGCGGCGACGCCGCCGCCGCUGCUGCUGCUGCUGCUGCUGCAGCAGCAGCAGGAGGCGCUGCUGCUGCUGAGGGCCUCGCCUUCCAGCUUUGCUGCUGCUUAGUUGCUGCUGUCUCCUUUUGCUGCUCCUGUCUCCGCAGCAGCUUCUAUUUGCUGCUGGCCCUUUCUAAACCCUGUCUCCGGGGGGCCCCCGCAGCAGCAGUACCCUUGGGGGGCCCCCUGUUGGGUCUUUUUUGUUUAUUUAUUUAUUUCAUUUUGCGUUCUUACAAACCCCUCACAAGAACUGCUGUUGUUCUUGCUGCUGCUGCGCUGCUGCUGCUGGCAGCAGCAGCGCUUUUCCUGCGCGCCCUCCGCAAGGUGCAGCAGCAGCAGCAGCAGCAGCAGCAGCAGCAGCAGCAGCAGCAGCAGCAGGCGCAGGCAGGAAUCAAGCUGCUGAUGCUGGCCAACUCGCCAGCUGCUGCUGCAGCAACGCAGCAGCAGCAGCAGCAGCAGCUGCAACUGCAGCCGCAGCAGCAGCAGCAGCAGCAGCAGCAGCAGCAGCAAGAACCCGACUGGGCCCAGGAAGGCCGCGACGGCCCUCCAGAUGAGACCGCAGCGCUGCUUCACAGCCUUCACUGCCCCCCCAGCAGCAGCAGCAGCAGCAGCAGCAGCAGCAGCAGCAGCAGCAGCAGCAAGGAGUGUUUGGGCCGUUUUGGGGUAUAUUUGUCUGUCUUUGGAGAGUGCCGCAGCUCUUUAAUUUGCUGCUUUCUUUUGUCUCUUUCCACGUACAUUGUUUAUCCCAUUCAAGUGCAGCGAAUGCGGCCCUGCAGCAGCAGCAGCAGCAGCAGCAGCAGCAGCAGCAGCAGCAGCAGCAGCAGCGGCGGCUGGGGCGGGGGCGUCGACCCUGCGGUGUUUCAGCUGCUGCUGAUUGCUGCGUACCACCUGGGGAUUGUGUCUGGCCGCUGCUGCUCCCGCUGCUGCUGCUGCUGCUGCUGCUGCUCCAUCAGCAGCAAACUGAGUCCCGCGCUGCUGCUGCUGCGGCUGUCUUUGCCGCUGCUGCUGUGCUGGCUGGAGGCGCUGCCGGGGCGGCUGCUGCCGUGGCUGCGAGCAGCAGCAGCAGCAGCAGCAGCAGCAGCAGCAGGCGUGGGCGGGUCUUCCGCGGGCGCUGCUGCUGCUGCUGCUGCUGCGCAGCAGCAGCAGCAGCAGCAGCAGCAGCAGCUGCUGCUGCUGCCGUGGCAGCAGCAAGCCGAGAAGGCCCUGCUGCUGCUGCUGGACCUCUCCCGCUGCGCUGCUCUCUUCCUUUUUGCUGCUGCUCACGGGAGACUGUCUCUGUGGGGUCUCAGCAGCACUUUUGAGGGCCCCCGCAGCUACAAAGGCAGUGUUGCUGCUGCUGCUCUUUUGGGCCUUUGCGAAGCAGCAGGAGUUGCUGCUGGCACUGCUGUGUCUCUUUCCCUCUCUCCCCUCAGCCCCCCUGCUGCUGCUGCUGCUGCUGCUGCUGCUGCUGCUGCUGCUCAUGACCCCGCAGCAGCAGCAGCAGCAGCAACGCCCACUGCAGCGGCGCUGCAGCGCCUCGCUUAA